CGCUCCGGCAGAGCAAGUUCUACUGCGAAGCCAGACACUGCACCGAACAGGUCUCUGAACGUCUCUGAAAUAUUUUUUUUCUCCUCCGCGUGCUGAAAGGAAAACGGUUAUCCUCUCCUCUCCUCUCUCAUCAGGUGUGAAUAGGUUGUUCCUUGGUAUCGUAUUUCCUUGGUCAUCUCUGUCCUGUCCCGUACCGUACUUCUGAAGAUAAGAGGCCUCUGUCUGCACCGACCUCAAAUCACCACCUCGAGUCUCACACUGCCUUACCAGCCAUAAGGAGAGACUCCCCUGGUCGCCACUGACCCCCAGCAUGGCAGACGGUCGUCAACGUGAAGACACCCCCCCCCAGUGGGAUCCGUCGGGGGCACAGGACCCCUCUCCUCCCCCAGCCCAUGGGGCUAAUGGCUACCCCCCCUCCUACAGGGCGUGCCAGCCAGGGACGGCCCAUGGAGCAGCACCACCCUCCUACACCGCCAGAGAGAAUGGCUUCAACGGCGACCAUGCAGUUACGGCUGAGCAAGUGUCUGCGCGGAUCGUGCAGGAGGUGACAGCCGAGGCAGUGGCAGUACUGAAGGGAGAACAGGAGACAAGACUGACCUCAGUUGAAGACACGGUGAACCUGCCUCCCUCCCCUCCUCCCUCACCUGCUGCUGAACACUGCUUUGGACCCCUGGAUCAAGAUGUAGGGGAUGAGGAGGAGGAGGCCUGCCCUCUCCACCACUUCCAAAAUUCUCGGGAGAGGUGCAAGUUCCUCGCCCCCUCCAUCUCUGUGUCUAUGCCCGAGGAUGACCCCUACCACUCUGACGAGGAAUACUAUGAUCACCCCUUGUUCAGCCCUGAGUGGGAUCGCUCGGUCUCCUCUCGGCCCUCAGUGCCGGCCGCUGCCUUUAGACAGAUCCAAGAGACCGUCGAGGCUCUUACAGACACAUUCGAGGAGGAGGAGGAGGAGGAAGAGGUGUUGGAGGAGGAGAUGGAAGGGGCAGCAGCAGAAAUCGCAGCAGCUCUUGAGGAGCUGUGGAGUGGGGAUGAGCCUGAGCUGGACAGCCCCCCAGCCGAGCCCUUAGAGCAGGCAGAGGCCAUAGGCGAGGCCCAUACUGUGCCACCCAUACAGGCCGAGGCAGCUAGUGCCGCCCCAGAAGGCCCUAACGGGAGGGUGGAGGAGGAGGAGGUGGCAGAGGCUGAGGGGGAGGAGGAGAGUCCUGAGGAAGCCUUGAAGAUGGACACGGACAAACCAGACAGCGAGAGGAGUGGAUCCCUCAGCCCAGACUUCACUGAACAAGAGAGUCCAGCUUUCCUCAGCAGGGACCACACAGCAGCACCCCUGAUCCCCAAAACGGACAUGGCUUCCCCUUCCCCUUCUCUGUCCCCUUUACCUUCAAACAGCCAGAGCCAAGCCAAAGAGCUUAGCAAAAUGUCUAUACUGGAUGAACCUAAAACAGUCUCAGAGAAGCAGCCGUCAGUGGAGGUUCUUGAGUCCAGUAACCUCACGUCGGAUUCAGGGUCUGGGUUCACUACAGCUGGAGACCAAGGUCAAGGACAAGAUGUGCCAUCUGACUCUAACAAAGACAAAUCGGGCAUGUCAGCUUAUUUCGAGACUUCGGCCCUGAAGCCAGAUGAGGGAUCCAAGGGGGUUCAAGCAGAAGGUUAUUAUGAACUGAGCACCGCAGGAGAAGAGAAGGUCUUAGGGAGCAGUUCCCCAACAGUUCCGUCACCCCUUGAGAUCAACUACAGCAUGCUGGCACAAACACAGUCAGUGGAAGAGAAAUCAGACACGAUGGGAGAUCAAAAGGAGACCUUACCGGCCCUGGACAGGAGUAACGAAUGUAGGCUGUCUCCUGGGAAGCUGGCCCUGGAUCAAAGAAGCUACUCUCUCAACAUAACGAUUGGAUCAAUGGAUCCCAGUGGUCAUGGACGACCUAGAAACUUCUCCCCACUGGCCACGGAUAUCAUGUCUUUUACCAGCGGCAGUCUGGAGGAGUCUGCCAACUAUCUCCCAGUCACCAUCCCAUCUGUGGAGAAGGAGCCACCACCCUUCCGUCCCCUGAUCCUGGAGACGGCAGCCUCAGUCACGUCCGACUCUUCAUCUCCUCCCCACAACACAGCAACAGAGACCCCCGGUGAAAAGACCAGCCCCCAGGGGUCAGAGUCCCCAGAAUCUCCCUUCCCACCCAAAUACUACUACAAAAACGGGACAGUCAUGGCUCCUGACCUACCUGAAAUGCUGGACCUUGCGGGCAGCAGGUCGAGACUGGCUUCUGAGAACACUGACCCUGAGAUCAUGAGGAGGAAGUCUGUCCCUGUGGACGCCCAAGUCCUUGGCAGCGACUCCCUGGCUAACCUGGUUCUGGGGGACCAGAGUCAGAACCAGAGUCUUGCCAAGAGUGAGAGCCAGCUGGAGGAGUUGGGUUACUGUGUGUUCAGUGAGUACUCAGGGCCCAUGCCUUCCCCUGCUGACCUCCAUAGUCCCAUUGACUCCCCGCCCCAGCGCUUUACCCCUAUGGCUCUGGAGGAAAAGAUGGCGGAGGAGAAACUGAAAAUCGAUGCCAGAGACAAACUAGCCGAAGACGACAAGACCAGUCAGUUAGCUGAGAGCGCCGGUUCCAAAGAAAAAGAAGAAACCAAACAAAUGGGACAGGAGGAUUCAGCUUCAGAGGAAAAAGACAACAAAAAGAUCAGCCAUGAAAAUGCUUCCAUGGAAAACCAAAAAGACAAACCAGCUUCAGCUGUGAAGUCAGCCGAGUCCUUUGUAACUCCUACAGUGACGGUUACCCUGGAAGAGGAGGAGAAGCUAGGAGACAACGGACCCGAGACAGAUGCUGAGAUGGCUGCCUAUGAGAGGCAGAUCCGCCGGCUGGAGAUGGAGGACAGGCCCCUGAGCAUGGAGGAGGAGCGGGAGCUGCAGGAGCUCAGGGAGAAGGUGAAGGACAAGUUCCUGGUGCACCAGGAGGCAUACGAGGAGGUGGAUGCUGAAGACGUCUACCAACUGACUGGAGUUGCCAAGGACAGGAUCGGCAGGCCCGUUAGGCCCUCCCCAGCCUCCUCUGUGGAGAGUACCACAGAAGAAGACAAUGUUUCAGUUACGGAGACAGAGAAACCUAAACAGACGGAAGGUCAGACAACACCAAAGAAGGUUGACAUCAUGGGAUUGUCUCCAUCUGUGUCAGUUGGUGGUUCGAGCACCACAGAAGAGGACAAGGUUUUAGUUACGGAGACAGAGAAACCUAAGCAGACAGGAGGUCAGACAACACCAACAAAGCUUGACGUCAUGGCAACGUCUCCAUCUGUGUCAGGUGAUGGUGUGAGCACCACAGAAGAAGAUACAGUUCCUGUUAUGGAGACAGAGAAACCUAAACAGAAUGGAGGUCAGACAACGCCAACGAAGGUUGACAUCAUGGUAACUUCUCCAUCUGUGUCAGGUGAUGGUGUGAGCACCACAGAAGAAGAAAAUAUUCCAGUUAUGGAAAUAGAGAAACCUAAACAGACGGGAGGUCAGACAACGCCAACCAAGGUUGACAUCAUGGUAACUUCUCCAUCUGUGUCAGGUGAUGGUGUGAGCACCACAGAAGAAGAAAAUAUUCCAGUUAUGGAAAUAGAGAAACCUAAACAGACGGGAGGUCAGACAACGCCAACCAAGGUUGACAUCAUGGUUACUUCUCCAUCUGUGUCAGGUGAUUGUGUGAGCACCACAGAAGAAGAAAAGGUUCCAGUUAUGGAAAUAGAGAAACCUAAACAGACGGGAGGUCAGACCACACCAACCAAGGUUGACAUCAUGGUGACUUCUCCAUCUGUGUCAGGUGAUUGUGUGAGCACCACAGAAGAAGACAAGGUUCCAGUUACGGAAAUAGAGAAACCUAAACAGACAGGAGGUCAGACCACACCAACCAAGGUUGACAUCAUGGUGACUUCUCCAUCUGUGUCAGGUGAUUGUGUGAGCACCACAGAAGAAGACAAGGUUCCAGUUACGGAAAUAGAGAAACCUAAACAAACAGGAGGUCAGACCACACCAACCAAGGUUGACAUCAUGGUGACUUCUCCAUCUGUGUCAGGUGAUGGUGUGAGCACCACAGAAGAAGACAAGAUUUCAGUUAUGGAGACAGAGAAACCUAAACAGACGGGAGGUCAGACAACACCAACAAAGCUUGACGUCAUGGUGACGUCUCCCUCUGUGUCAGGUGGUGGUGUGAGCACCACAGAAGAAGAAAAGGUUUCAGUUACGGAAAUAGAGAAACCUAAACAGAAUGGAGGUCAGACCACACCAACCAAGGUUGACAUCAUGGUGACUUCUCCAUCUGUGUCAUGUGAUGGUGUGAGCACCACAGAAGAAGAAAAGGUUUCAGUUACGGAAAUAGAGAAACCUAAACAGAAUGGAGGUCAGACAACGCCAACAAAGAUUGACGUCAUGACGACGUCUCCAUCUGUGUCAGGUGGUGGUGUGAGCACCACAGAAGAAGACAAUGAGAAAGUUAGCAAAGAGGAGCUGAAGGAGCAGGUUGUAGAGGUCAAAGAGAGGACCAUGGAAGAAAAUAAAAAGGUAGAGGGGGAGGAGGAGGAUACAGAGCAGGCAGUGGAACCAGAUGAAAUCAUGAUAAAGAUAAAACCAUCAAUGCCUGUAGAGAAAGAAGAGAAGGUUGAGAAGGAUAGAAUGACAAACAAGGAGGAAGAGGAGGAGGAAGAUUGUGAAGUUCUGGCAGGGGCAGGAGCAGCGUUGAUUGAUGUUCCAGAACCCAGAGCUGCCAUAGAGUCAGUGGUGACUGUAGAAGAUGACUUCAUCACUGUAGUCCAGACCAUCGACGAGGGUGAGGAGCCAGGACACAGUGUGCGUUUUUCCGCUCCGCCCGAGCCUGAGACACCAGAGGAGGAGGAGGAGGAGUCCCAGGAGGUGGAGAUCAUGGAGGCAGCUAGUCUAGAGGAGGUGGGGGAUGUCUCAGAGGAGGUCCUUGAGAAGGAGGUGCAGGCCUCCCCAGAGAAGGAGGUGCAGUUGGAGACCGAGGGACAGACAGAGAGCUACGACAGAGACGAGACCACCAUGGACGACUCCAUCCUAGACAGCUCUUGGGUCGAUACUCAAGAUCUCUCCACUGUAGAUGUGGAUGAUGACAUGAGCAUGGCUGCCGAGCAGAUCGAGCCCCUGAGAGCCGACCGGGUCCCAGUCCCACCAGUCAAGAAGUACAAGACUCUCCAGCAGCAGAAGCAGGAAAAGCAGCCAGUGAAGCCCAAGGCUAAAAGUGGGCGUGUGAGGGGGCGCGAGGGGUGCGUCUCCACCCCUGAACGGAAACCCGUCCGCAAGGAGACUGUCUGUAUCCCCAGGGAAGACAUCAAGAAGAAAAAAGCCGUGAACAAGAAGACUGAUCUGACUAAGAAAGCAGAGACGCGCUCCUCUCCAUCCCGGAAGAGUGUGUUAAAGCCUACUGCGGUCCGACACCCAAGUCCCGCCCAGCCCCAACCCCACCCCUGUGCUAGGAGGAAACCUACAGUGGGUGUACCAGAAGGUCGUCGGCCCCUCAGUGUAGCUAGACAGUCUCGGGACAGAGCCUCAUCACCACCAUUAACAAAGAUCCCCACCUGUAAAACGCGAGCCCUCCAGCCCCCCCGCCCUAACUCGUCCUGCUCCUCCCACACUAAAAAGAACUUGCUGGGGGAGGUGGAGCUUGAUAGGCCCCGCCCCUCCUCAGGUGGGCCUCGUGACUCUACCACACUACCCAGACUGAUAUACCUGGAUGGCGGUUCGCAGAGCCCAAAAAGGUCGUCCCUGCCCCGGCCUGCCUCUGUCCCGCGGCCUGCCUCUAUCCUCAGCCGGCGUACCCACCACCAACCACAUGAACAGGAGGAGAGCUCCACCUCUAUCACCAGCUCCGGCUCUACCGCACCCCGUAGACCCACGUCAUUCAGUACAGAGGUCAGGGCGGAGUAUAGGACAGGACGCGCCCCUAGUUGGACAGGCACACAGUCGAUGCGUUCCCGUUCGCUGUGCACCACAACCCGCACCCCAGGGUCCACAGCCAUCUCCCCUGGGACUCCUCCCAGCUACAGCUACUCCUGCCGCACACCUGGGACCCCUCUCACCCCUGGCACACCCCGUUCUCGAAGCCUGCUGCAGGAGAAGAAGGUGGCUCUGCUCCGCACCCCUCCCAAGUCACCUGCUACCACUCCCAAACAGCUCCGCAUCCUUAACCAGCCCCUUCCCGACCUCAAGAACAUCAAGUCCAAGAUCGGCUCCACAGACAACAUCAAGUACCAGCCCAAGGGGGGACAGAUUCAGAUUUUAAACAAGAAGCUGGACUUCAGUCACGUACAAUCAAAAUGCGGAUCCAAGGAUAACAUGAAGCAUUCUCCUCGUGGAGGCCAUGUGCAGAUUCAGACCAAGAAGAUUGACCUGAGUCACGUGACCUCCAAGUGUGGAUCGCUGGACAACAUCCGACACCGGCCAGGGGGAGGUAACGUGCGCAUAGAGAGUGUGAAGCUGGACUUUAAAGACAAGGCCCAGCCCAAGGUGGGUUCCCUGGAUAAUGCACACCACACCCCUGGUGGAGGCCACAUUAUGGCCCUGAACACCCUGAACCCACCCUGCCUUCCGUCCAUUCCAGGCCCUGAACACCCUGAACCCACCCUGCCGUCCGUCCAUUCCAGGCCCUGGACACCCUGAACCAACCCUGCCUCCAGUCCAUUACAGGCCCUGAACACCCUGAACCCACCCUGCCUCCAGUCCAUUACAGGCCCUGAACACCCUGAACCCAUCCUGCCUCCAGUCCAUUACAGGCCCUGAACAUCGUGAACCCAACCUGUCUCCCGUCCAUCCCAGGCCCUGGACACCCUCUUCCCAUCUUGCCUUCAGUUCAACCACCCAGGCUCCCUCACCCUGUCCCAGGCCUCCUGUCAACCCCAGCCCAGAUGCCCAGACACCUCCCCAUCCUGCAGCAGCUUCAUACUCACCGCCUGAUGGAGCUGCCUACCCCACCCUAUGUCAACAAGACAAAUUAAGAAAAAACAACAACCCUUAUGGAACUAGAGACUAUUUAGAAAGUACUUUUGGUCAAUUGUUUGUUGAUAUUUCCAUUCCAAGUACUUGUACUUUUUUUCUCCAUCUUUUAUCUGGUGUAUUUUUUUUAAUGCUGCGUAAAGAUAGAUUGAUAGUGUCCAAGCACUGACUCAAGAUCAGCUGUAGCUCUUUGCACAACAUAAUCUGGGUAUGGGCCAGGUAUAGGGUGGGCUGGUCUCUGUUCAGUUCUUAGGAGCAGCCUUUUCUUACACUAAGUAGGAAGCCACGUGGCCAUGCCCAUACAGUACUCUACCCAUGCCAAUGCCGCCAGCACGUCUUGUUUUGCUCAGUAAAGUGCAUGGACGCCAGACUCAACAUUUACCAUACAUCAAGCAUCCUUGCAGCUAGUCCCAGAUCCAAUAUAUAAUAAAUAUAUAAACAGUAUAUUGAAAAUAUGUAUAAAUAUACCAGCUCUUUGUCUUCAACAACAUCUCUUCGAAAAACAAUUUAAAAAAGUGAUUAGUCCUAUAAGUAUCUUAUACCUGAAAAAUGGCAUUAUUUCAAUAACUAGAUAAUGAAUGGUAUGAUGAGCAUGUAUUGAUUCUAGUUACAAAAAGAGGCUAUUUUCUAGUUCAAAUAAAAGGAUUUUAGUAAGUUAUUUCCUUAAACGUUGGAUAGAAAAAUUAACACUUCAUGUUUUUGUAGAUAUUAGUUGACUAGUAUGUUAUGCUUGUUGAAGUUGACUUCAGACAACUGUGCUGGUAUUGCUAAGGAGUACAUCUUCCAGGCCUGCAACAGAGUACUAACGGCCCUGCAAAUGACUAGCGCCCUGUCCUGGUGGCGUACAGUAGUUGUACAUCAAGCUGCCUCCCAUUACAGAAACAGGAGAUAAGCUCCUGCCCCUAUGGGCCGUUCUGGCUCGGACCAGGCUUACUUUAAUUGCAGAGAACUAACCAAUGCUACUCUCUCUGGGAGCUGUUCUACUAAAAGGCUGCUUAACCAGUCCUAGUUUAGUUUAAGAGGAUGCUGCUUUGAUUCUCAUCUCAAAUAUCUCAGUUCAAAAGAAACGAUGAUAUAGCUAGGAGCUCACAGAAGCUGUGAUCACAAUCCAUUCACCAUGCUAGCAAUAGGCAUUGGAUGGCUGUAAGAUAUUUUAGUCCAUAGUGUUCGAUGAACUCCCCAAGGCUCUCAGAGCAGUCUGAGAUUGAACUCACGAGGGCUUGCAGUUGUCUGAACCAUAUUGUAGAUGAAGCUAUUAUUUAAAGAUGACAUUUACAAAGCAGCUGUGGAACUCUGGACCCUGUGUCCCUACGGUUCACUUCUGGAUGCUAGGUUUGUUUUGUGUAAAACAUUUAGGGGGGGAAAAGAAAGGGGGAAAAUAAAUAAAAACUACAUUUCAUAAAAACAAUCUUUAAAAAAAGGAAACUCAACAAGUCAUGUUGCAUCUGUUUGAUAAAGUGUUCCUCUAUAUUUUUUCUGUCGCUAUUUUGUGGUAUUUAUUCCUCCUUCUUUUAGUAUUAAUGUUUGCUUCUGUGUUGUUUCUGCACCCCCCUAUCCCCUACCCCCUAAUCCCUGAUCCCCUAACCUCUACCCCAACCUAUAGUAACUGUAAUUGUAAUUAAAAGUAGAUGUACGCAGUUUUUCUCCUGUUGAUAUGAUACUGAUAACAAAAUGCUCUUAACAAUUAAAGACAAUAAAAACACUGAAAAACA